GGUUCGCUGGUCUGACGUUAAACAAACUGUGUUGUUUUGGUGAAUCGGAGUUAAAUAUGUUAACAUGUAAAAGUGUUAGGUUAACAGGUUAACAUGUUGAACAGCGUGCUCACGAGCCGUGUCGCAGAGACGCGCGGCUGGCAGCGAGCUGUUGGUAGUGACGUCACAUUACUCGCGCUCUUCAAGACUCUUCAACCCUAUCCCAUAAUAGAAGAAGAUGCCUGGCAUGAUGGACAGGGGCUCCGAGUACCUGGGGAAGGGACGCUCCAACGGCGCAAAGAGUCCGUCGAACGCGUCCAACGGACACUUCUCUGAAGAGAGCGCUAGCGACGAAGAGCACGAUGUGGGAAUGCGCGUGGGGGCAGAUUAUCAAGCCUCUGUCCCGGACUUUGACCCUGGCAACACCAGGGAUGGAGAGAAAGACGGUGGAGGGAUGUUGGUUUGGGCACCAUACCACUCCAUCGUUGAAUCCAAACUAGAUGAAUACAUCUCCAUCGCCAAGGAGAAGCAUGGCUAUAAUGUUGAACAAGCCCUUGGCAUGUUGUUCUGGCACCAACACAACGUGGAGAAGUCUCUGGCGGACCUGCCCAACUUCACCCCCUUCCCUGACGACUGGACGGUGGAAGACAAGGUCCUGUUUGAGCAGGCCUUCAGCUUCCACGGCAAGAGCUUCCACCGCAUCCAGCAGAUGCUUCCAGAUAAAUCCAUCUGCAGCCUGGUGAAGUACUACUACUCCUGGAAGAAGACCCGCUCUCGAACCAGCCUGAUGGACCGGCAGGCCCGCAAGCUGGCCUCCAGGAACGCCCCGGAAGACAGUGAUGAGGAGAUGGAGGAGGCCAAUCCAGUCGAAGCCAACGACAGCGACUACGACCCCAACAAGGACGCCAAGAAAGAGAGCCCUGCUGAGGCCCAGGCUGUGACCACUAAGCCCGGGCCAGCCCGCCGGGAGUACCAGACCCUGCAGCACCGCCACCACUCCCAGCGCUCCAAGUGCCGUCCCCCCAAAGGGAUGUUUCUGAGCCAGGAGGACGUGCUGGCCGUCUCCUGCAGCUUCAGCGCAGCCAAUGGCCUCCUCCGUCAGCUGGACACGGAGCUGGUGUCACUCAAAAGACAGGUUCAGAACGCCAAGCAGAUGAACAGUGGUCUGAAACAUGGGGUGGAAAUGGGCAUUGAUGAUCUUCGGCUUCCAGAGAGCAACCAGAAGAUGAAUGCUCGUUGGACGACUGAUGAACAGCUUCUUGCCGUCCAGGGGGUCAGGAAGUAUGGGAAGGACUUCCAGGCCAUCGCAGACGUCAUCGGCAACAAGACCGUCGGCCAGGUGAAGAACUUCUUCGUGAACUACAGACGGCGUUUUAACCUGGAGGAGGUCCUUCAAGAGUGGGAGGCGGAGCAGGGAAGCCACGCCCCCAACGGAGAUGGCAGCCCCCCUGGGGAAGCCGGGAAAAACAGCUCCAACACGUCAGGGAAGAGCACUGACGAGGAUGAGGAGGAGCCUCCACCUGCUCCAGGUGUUGAACUAAUCGUAUAAGGAGGAGAACAUUAUGGUUUCUGUUGAAGAUCUUAGACCAGACCGGCCUCCAAACCCACUGGUCCGCCUGUUGAAGAUCUUAAGACUAGACUAGCCUCUAACCACUGGUCAGCCUGUUGAAGAUCUUAAGACUAGACCAGCCUCCAAACCCACUGGUCCGCCUGUUGAAGAUCUUAAGACUAGACCAGCCUCCAAACCCACUGGUCCGCCUGUUGAAGAUCUUAAGACUAGACCAGCCUCCAAACCCACUGGUCCGCCUGUUGAAGAUCUUAAGACUAGACCAGCCUCCAAACCCACUGGUCCGCCUGUUGAAGAUCUUAAGACUAGACCAGCCUCCAAACCCACUGGUCCGCCUGUUGAAGAUCUUAAGACUAGACCAGCCUCCAAAC